AAUGGCGGCGGCGCCUGAGGGGCCAUGGUGCGCAUCACUGAAGAUCUUAUUAGAAGACGUGCAGAACAUAACAACUGUGAAAUUUUUUCACUGGAAGAAAUUUCUUUACAUCAGCAGGAAAUAGAAAAGCUAGAGCAUCUUGACAAAUGGUGUAGAGAUUUAAAAAUUCUCUAUCUUCAGAAUAACCUAAUUCCAAAAAUUGAAAAUGUGAGCAAACUAAAGAAGCUGGAAUAUUUAAAUGCAGCUUUGAACAACAUUGAAAGAAUUGAAAAUCUGGAAGGCUGUGAAGAAUUGAAGAAACUUGACCUGACAGCAAAUUUCAUUGGUGAACUGUCCAGUAUUGAAUCCCUAAAAUGCAAUAUUCAUUUGAAGGAAUUGUUUCUAGUGGGCAAUCCAUGUACUGAAUUUGAAGGUUAUAGACAAUUUGUAGUGGCAACUCUUCAUCAGCUGAAAUAUUUGGAUAGUAAAGAAAUAGAACGUUCAGAGAGGAUUAAAGCACUUCAAAACUAUCCAGAAGUGAAAUGGAAAAUCAGAGAACAGGAACAAGCUUACCUUCUCAAAAGGGCCAGAGAAAAGGAAGAGGCUCAAAGAAGGAUGCAAGAAAGAAAGGAUGAGAAACAGAAACAGAUGGACUGUAAGCUUGGAUUUGACAGCCCAGACUCCCCACAGGAAAAACCCAAUCAGGCAGAAGGAGAUGGAGAGCAGGAAAGAUGCAGAACAUUUGAAAAUGAUGAUGAAGACAGAAAAUUUUGGGAGGAGCCUACACCAUACACUCCAGAAUCUAGAUUAGAAACUCACAGAUACAUUGAAGAAAAACGGAGAGCUAAAGACAAUAUAAGGGAAUCAAAAAAGAGAGAGAAGACUGCUUGGACAUUGGUCACUGCAGAAGGGAAAGUUCUGAAUGUGAAUGUGCCUAAGCUUCAUUUCUCUUUGAAAGAUGAUGAAGAAAACAACCAGAUCGUCUUGGAUCUCGCUGUUUACAGACAUUUGGACACUUCUUUACUUGAUAUUGAUGUGCAGCCAACUUACGUACGAGUGCUGGUGAAGGGAAAGCCAUUUCAGCUGGUGCUCCCUGAGGAAGUGAAGCCAGACAGCAGCUCUGCUAAAAGAUCACAAACAACUGGUCAUUUAGUUGUCACCAUGCCAAAGGCUAAAGAAAUAAUCCUGGCUAAGCAAAAAGUUUCAGCUUCAAUUAAACAUUCUGACUGCAAUUCACAGCAAAAAAAUAUGAGAAGGAGUGGACAAGUUGAGAAGUUAGAAGUGGAUCCUAGUAAAUAUUCAUUCCCUGAUGUGACAAAGAUAAUCCAAGAUAAGGAACGAACUGGACAGGGACCUAUAAAGUUCGAACCACAGAAGAUUACAGAGGUUAAGAAGAGCUGUGUUGAUUUUGAAAAUAAUGAAGAUGUUCCUCCUUUAAUUUGAAACAUUCUGAAAUAUCCCCGCUAUAAGAAGCAUGAAUGCUUGUGUUGAAUUCACGACUCUAUGUGAAAAGAAAAUGAAAUAGAGCUGAAGUUGGCAAUAUCA